AUGGCGGUGCGAGCCCAGUUUGAGAACUCCAACGAAGUUGGUGUCUUCGCGACGCUCACAAAUUCCUACGCCCUCACGGCCAUCGGCGCCAGCGAGAACUUCUACAGCGUCUUCGAGGCGGAACUGCAAGACGUCAUUCCCAUCUGUCGCACAACCAUUGCCGGCUCGAGGAUCAUCGGGCGCAUGACCGCGGGAAACCGCAAGGGCCUCCUCGUGCCGACCAACACGACCGACCAAGAACUGCAGCACCUGCGCAACAGCCUCCCGGACGCGAUCCGGAUACAGCGGAUAGAAGAGCGCCUGUCAGCCCUCGGCAACGUCAUCGUGACCAACGACCACAUCGCCCUCGUGCACCCCGACAUUGAGCGCGAGACGGAGGAGAUCAUCGCCGACGUGCUCGGCGUCGAGGUCUUCCGGCAGACCAUUGCCGACAAUGUGCUCGUCGGCUCGUACAUGUCGCUCUCGAACCAGGGCGGCCUCGUGCACCCCAAGACGUCGAUACAGGACCAGGACGAGCUCAGCAGCCUGCUCCAGGUGCCGCUCGUCGCGGGCAGUGUGAACCGCGGGAGCAACGUCGUCGGCGCCGGCAUGGUGGUCAACGACUGGAUGGCGGUGACGGGUCUCGACACGACGGCGACGGAGCUCAGCGUCAUUGAGAGCGUCUUCAGGCUUGGCGAGGGUCUGGGGCCGAGCAACAUCAACACGGGCAUGAAGGAUACCAUGGUCGAGUCGUUCUACUGA